AUGGUUAAUACACGUAGUAGUCACCCAAAUAGUGAUCCAAAUCCAAAUGAAUCAUAUAAAGAUCGUCAUAUAAAAAAAGUUGUUAAUUAUGAACAAGAAUCAUCAAAUGAUUCAUUUGGUAAUUCUAAAGCUCCAUCACAUAAUCAUCGUAUUUUAAGAAAAAGAACAACACCAAAUUAUCGUAAUGCUUUUGAUUAUAUGGAUGAAGAUGAUGAUGAAGAAGAACCUAUUGGACGUCGUCGACGUCGAGAAACUCGUCGAAAUGUUCGAACAUUAGUCGAUACAUCUAAUAGUGCAUCACCAACCACAAAUCGAUUAACAAACGGUGUUCGAUCAUCAAAUUUGAGUAUGUAUGAUCGUGUAAAAAAUCGUCGAAAAUCAAUUGAUCCUGAUAUAUAUUCGGAAGAACAUGAAGAAAAUGAUGAUAAUGAACAACAACAAGAACAAAAUGAUCAAAAUAAUGAUAAUGAUACAAAAAAAAACAAAUAA